GCUCGAUCCAGAUCAUGGAGUCGCUCUUUGGCAUCGUCGGAAAGGACUUCGUGAUUGUCGGCGCCGAUAGCAAAGUCGCUCGCUCGAUCCUAGUAUACAAAGAUGACGAAGACAAGAUCCAAGCGUUGGACUCGCACAAAGUCAUUGCCGGCAGCGGACCCCAAGCCGACCGCGUCGAGUUUUGCGAGUACAUUCAAAAGAACUUGAAGCUGUAUCAACUUACGAACGGUGUGACGUUGAACGGUCACGCGGCUGCCAACUUUGUCCGAAACGAGCUCGCGCAACGGCUUCGUAAGGCUCCUGUCCAGUUGAACCUGCUCUUGGGUGCGUUCGACGCGGCAAACCCGAACGUCCCCACCGCGGAUGGGUCAGAUGGCGUUCCCAGCUUGUACUGGGCAGACUACUUGGGUUCGUUGAGCAAGGUCAACUACGGUGCGCAGGGGUACGGCGCGCACUUUUGCCUGUCGAUCCUCGACCGCGAAUGGCGCGAGAACCUGACGUUGGCGGAAGCGAAACAAAUCCUCAAGCACUGCAACAACGAGUUGAACGAACGCUUCCUCGUGCGCAGCGGCACAUGGAUCUACAAGAUGAUCGACAAGGACGGGGUUCAUGAUGUUCAAUUAUAAGCAUGUUGGGUCAACGGAGCGCGCCAUCUCUACUUGCGGCGAUUGUACCGGGCCUUGGACUUGAACGAGUGAACACUGCGCUUGCCCUGUUUGCGUAGCGACGUAAUCUUCUCCUUGAAUACAAACUCGCCAUUCGCCUCGGCCGCCUUCUUCUUGGGCUGCUUGGCUUCGCGCGCUGUCUUCUCUUG